AAAGGUUAAUAGAAGAAGAUCCGUUUUGCUCGCGAAUUGCUUGGUACUUUGUUAUUACUUCAUUAUUUGAUUUCAUUAUUUUUUCCGAGUUUUGUUCGUAUUGCGUUAAACGUUCAAAAUGCCGGAAGAUAAGAAUUUGGUGCAGUGCUACAAUCGUGGUUGUGGUCAGCUUUUUGACCCUAAUAAGAACGAUAAAGAUGAUUGCUGCCAUCACCCUGGCUCCCCUGUCUUCCACGACGCAUACAAAGGCUGGUCGUGCUGUAAUAAGAAGAGCGUGGACUUUACGGAGUUUCUGAAUAUUAAAGGCUGCACUUUGUCCAAGCAUUCAAAUGUUAAACCACCAGAGCCAGAAAAGAAAGCCCUUGACAAAGAACUGGAGACAAAAGAGAUUAUAGAAGUAAGGGCUCCAAUAACAGGACCUCAGUUAAUCAGACCGCCAUUUGAAAGUCCUUUGGUUACUUUGGAAGCUCGUAUUGCUGACUCUUUGAGGGAUCUUGUACAGAAGACUGAACAGAAAGUUGCUACUGUCGAUGAUGGCAACAUAGCAAUUGGUACAUCGUGCAAAAAUGGUGGUUGUGGUACCACCUAUGAGGGACCACAAUCUAAUGACACCAUUUGCACUUACCAUCCCGGCUGCCCUGUGUUCCAUGAAGGUCUUAAGUUCUGGUCCUGCUGUCAGAGAAGAACCACAGACUUCAACACCUUCCUCAGUCAACCUGGUUGUACUUCUGGCUAUCAUAAAUGGACUAAAGAGGGUACAGCAGCAGGCACUGUCAAGUGUCGCUGGGACUGGCAUCAAACACCUGAUUACGUCAUAGUGAGUGUCUACGCAAAAAAAUACGAUCCAACGCUGAGUUUUAUCAAAGUUAACCCUAUCCGGCUUAACAUAAAGUUAGUCUUUCGUGAAGAAGGGGACGCCGUAUUUGAAUUGGAUCUCGAACUUAGAGGAGUAAUUACAGUACAAAGUAGUAGUGCAUCCAUGAUGCCUUCAAAAGUAGAAAUCAAACUAAAAAAAGCAGAGCCUGGUGCUUGGGCUAAGCUCGACUUCCCAAGGGCCGAGCCCAAGAAUGAAGAACCAAAACCUCAGGUCAUACAAGAAGAUGAUUCUGUUGAUCUAUCCACUGUAGAGGCCAUUCAUUCUAUGGGAAAAGUUAACGUCACAGCUGAGUGAAAAUAUGCAUAAAUA